AUGGAGAAUCGUCCCAAACGGAAUAUCAUCAAACCGCUACGAUUUCAAACGACAUCUUCGGACGAGGCGGAAGAUUCAGGAAGAAAGACGACGGAGCUACAGGGCACUCAAUUAGAAAAGGAUGUUGCUGAGUUACGGGGAGUAUUAGAAGAGAGUCAUUCGCCCGGUACUAAUAUGCAUGCUAAUCAUUCACUCACUAACUCACAAUCAUUUACAGAGUCACUCACACAACACAAACACCUUUUAUGCAUGAAAACACAGUCAUCAUUCUACGCACAACCAUCAACAGUCACUCACACAACACAAGCACCUUUUAUGCAUGAAAACACACAGUCAUCAUCUUACACACAACCAUCAACAGUUACUCACACAACACAAGCAUCUUUUAUGCAUGAAAACACACAGUCAUCAUCCUACGCACAAUCAUCAGCAGUCACUCACACAACACAAGCACCUUUGAUACAUGAAAACACACAGUUAUCAUCCUACGCACAACCAUCAACAGUCACUCACACAACACAAGCAUCUUUGAUACAUGAAAACACACAGUCAUCAUCCUACGCACAACCAUCAACAGUCACUCACACAACACAAGCACCUUUUAUGCAUGAAAACACACAGUCAUCAUCCUACGCACAACCAUCAACAGUCACUCACACAACACAAGCACCUUUUAUGCAUAAAAACACACAGUCAUCAUUCUACGCACAACCAUCAGCAGUCACUCACACAACACAAGCACCUUUGAUACAUGAAAACACACAGUCAUCAUCCUACGCACAACCAUCAACAGUCACUCACACAACACAAGCACCUUUGAUACAUGAAAACACACAGUCAUCAUCCUACGCACAAUUAUCAACAGUCACUCACACAACACAAGCACCUUUUAUGCAUGAAAACACACAGUCAUCAUCUUACGCACAACAAAAUUUUCAUGAUACAACGCAAACAUUCACACACAAACCACAUGCUGCUGCUACUCAUACACAACACAUUGAUAGCCAAUUAAAUACACCGCAUAACACUCAGUUACAGCCUUUAAACAUCUGGCCAAUUUUAUCGUCAAGUCAUCUGUCAAGCUCUUCGUUACCAAGUCAAGCUUCAAGAGAAUUUUACAAUUUUCAUGUGAGACCGGAAAUUCAAGCCAUACAUGGAAGAAUGGAUCAAUUAGCUUUGGAAGUUCAACAAAUACACCAAAAAUUGGACAGAGUGUUGACGCAGAUUAGCAAUAACCGAAAGCAUAUGCCGGAGAAACCAGCAUUUUUGCCAUUAUCAUUAGUUGAAGAUGUUGAAAUAUUUGAAACUGCUAAUGAUGAAGAAUAUAUGAAAUUGGUGAAUUAUUUAAUUUUUAUUGGUGGUCUUAAUGCCAAAGAGAGUGUUAAUUUGUGCUUCAAAGAGAUAUUUCAAGAUUCUUUGAUGAACUUAUACACUUGGUUCGGGCGUGAGGAUAAUCAACGACCAUUAUACAGUACCCGUUUGGUGAACGCUAUUUAUGAUGCUAUCUGCGAAAACAAAAAUUUUGAAAGACCAAUGCGGGCUGCAUUUCAAACAUAUAUGUGGGAUGCUCUGCGAACGGCCAAGCAACGACACAGGAAUAGAGCGCGCAACAACUUGCAUCGUCCGGAAGGAAGAAAUAGAAAUGAACCAGCACUAUGGAACGACGAACACGACGAAAUGCAACCAGAAGAAAAUUAGAUUUACAGGAAAAAUGCAUGAUGAAGAAAGAAGAUCAAAAUUUCAAUUCUUGAGCAUAUACAGUGUUGUGUUACAUGAUUUUAAA